AUGGAGGCGCAGUGCUGGCGCAGCGCAGCGUUUGACUGCACGCCCCAGCCAUCAGCCUGCUGCCCUGACUGGAUGGCGGGGCUCCCCGAUUCCCUGCCCCUCUCCCGCCUCUCAAUCCCUGGCACCCACGACUCCCUCAGCCUGUUCGGUGGCCGGCGCCUGCGGUGCCAGAGCUGGGGCCUGGAGGCUCAGCUGGCAGCUGGUGUCCGCUUCCUGGAUGUGCGCUGCAGGCUGGCACGGGGCGAGCUCCAUGUGUACCAUCUCUGCACCUUCCAGCGGGCCAGCCUGCGGGGGGUCCUGCGCCGCACCCUGCGCUUCCUCCGCGCACACCCCGGUGAGGCUGUGCUCAUGCGCAUCAAGGAGGAGCUGCCCAUCUUCUCCCGGCCUGGCUUCGCCUCCCAGCUGCAGCGCUGCUUACUGGAGGAGGGACAGGGCUGUGUGUGGUGCCGGGAGGAGGUGCCAACGCUGGGCCAGGUGCGAGGGAAGAUUGUGGUGCUGGAGGCGCUGGCGCAGGAGGUGCUGGGCAUCCCCUAUGAGCAGCUGAGCAUCAGUGAUGCCUGGAACGUGCUCUCACUGGAGCGCAAGUGGGUGCAGGCACGGCGGCACCUGGAGAGGGCGGCCAGCGGGGACCCUGCCACCAUGCACCUCACCUUCUGCUCUGGCAACGGGCUCUUCACCUGCCCCGAGGAGGUGGCCCGCUUUGUGAACCCACGCUGCUACCAGCACCUGUGGCGCCGGCGGGGACGGCCCGUGUGCUGGGGGGUGGUCAUCAUGGACUUCCCUGGGGCAGGACUUCUCCGGCUCAUUGUGGAGAGCAAUGGUCUGCAGGCCAGCAGACACAUUACAGCGGCCCCCAGCAGCCCCACCGUGCCCUCGCGGCACCCACAGCAGAGGGGAGAGGCGCGGCAGCCGGCACAGCUCCGCUCACUGCCCGCGCUGGUGCUCAUCAGGACGGACGCUGCUCCCAGCCCCACGACUCUGCCGAAGGAUGUGAGUGCCUUUAAGAGCAGAAGUGGGUUUUCUAGCUGCUGGGCACCAGGAAGCCUUUGA